CGAACUCGCAAAGCUGAGGCAGAGAAGAAAUCGGCGCGAGAACGGUUGGAGAGCAAGCUCACGCGCAACCCUAAAGGUACAACAGCGCUUCCCCUGAAAUGGCUUCCCCAAGUGCAGAGAUACAGGUAAAGGAGCUGGAUAAGCGCGCUUCUGGCCAAGCCUUUGAAGUCAUUCUGAGUCCCACCGCCCCAGACGCCAAGGGGGAGUUCCCUCUGUCCCCCCCAAAAAAGAAGGACCUGUCUUUGGAGGAGAUCCAGAGGAAGCUGGAGGCUGCAGAGGAGCGCCGCAAGUCCCAUGAAGCGGAGGUCCUAAAGCACUUGGCCGAGAAGCGGGAACACGAGAAAGAGGUGCUUCAGAAGGCCAUGGAGGAAAACAACAACUUCAGCAGGAUGGCAGAGGAGAAGCUGAACAUGAAAAUGGAAGCCAACAAAGAGAACCGCACCGCGCGCAUGGCGGCGCUCAACGAGAAGUUCAAGGAGAAGGACAAGAAACUCGAAGAGGUUCGAAAGAAUAGAGAGACCAAAGAAGGAGGGGAAAACUGAGUUUUUGCAUUUUGGGGUUCGGGUUUUUUACGUAUCCAAAGAUUUAUUUUUGUUUCUGUUUCAUGGCCAGUAUUUUUCUUUGGUUUUGUUCACUGCCCACCUUGUUACUCUGAAAGAAGUAGAGGAAGUACAGAAGUUCACGGUUUAGUUUUCUCCUUUUUGAGUGUACUCGCAAAGGCUUUGGUGUGGAUAUUCUUUGUUGCAUCGGGUUCUUUUCUACCUGUAGACUGUCAUCGCAGCUUUUGACCGUUGAAAUAAGCAGUGUUUUUACCUAUAAGGAAGCAUGUCACUUAUGCAUAGGUCCUUAACAUUGUCUAUUGCAUUGUGCAAGUUAAUCUGUGCGUGUGUGUCAAAACUGCUGUUCGAGCUUAAAGUUGCACAGUUUUUUCGAGUCAUGUUCGGUUUAGCCUUUUCACGCUGGUAUGGUAUCGGCCUUCUUGUGUUAAGAAUCCACUAGUCUUGCUCCUAGAUCCCUUCUCAAGAGUCCUGACAUCCACCCUGCUUCUCACACUGCUGUUUGCUUUGGGGUUGCUGACUGCUAGAGAUGGGUUUCAGUCUUAAUAAAGCACACAAAUUAACCCAAGGUGUAUCACAAAAGUACCAUUAAAGGCUUAUGGAGUCUGAAUGCAGCCUGGAAGAGGUUGAAGCAUUCAACAUGCAAAGGAGCAAUACAUUUUACGGCAUCGUGGUGGAUAACUAGUUGGCUUGAAUAAAAACCAUGUACUAAAGCAAAAUGCAAAUAAAAAA